ACAAUCGCCGUCGUCAUGGACGCGCUUAUGAAAACGGAUCUCUACGAACUACUACAAAUUUCCAUCGAUGCCGACGAAAAAGAGAUCAAAAGUGCCUACAGGAAAAAGGCUCUCACAUGCCAUCCUGACAAGAACCCGGAUAACCCUAAAGCAGCUGAGCUGUUCCAAGAGCUUUCGAGGGCCCUCGAGAUCCUCACAGACAAGGAGGCAAGAGCAGCAUAUGACAAGGUUCUCAAAGCCCGCCAGGCCGCCAAGCUAAGGAACUUGGUUCUCGACUCUAAACGAAGGAAACUGAAAGAAGAUUUGGAAGCAAGAGAGCAAGCGGCACUCAACAAGAAGGUAGAUGACAUCGACGCCGCCAAGCAACUCCAGAAAGAGAUCGAGAGGCUCAGAAAGGAGGGCUCGACGCAGCUCGAGGAGCAACGAGAGCUGCUUCGCAAGCAGGUGGCCGAAGAACUUCGCCUGAGUGCGGAGAAGAAACAAAAGGAUGCAGACUGGCUGCCAAGACUGAAGGUAAAAUGGAAGACUGCAAAAAGCAGCACGGCUGAUGACUCGCCUGCCUACACGGAAGAGAGUCUCAGGGAGAUCUUCUCGAAGUAUGGGAUUGUUACCUGCUUGAUUGUAUCAUCAAAGAAAAAGGGGUCAGCCUUGCUGGAAUACGAGAGCGCUCCAUCUGCUCAUUUGGCGGUCAAGCUGGAGACCGGGAACGAGGACUGCCCGCUCGUCGUGAGCUACGUGCAGGAACCACCGUUGCCGACCGCACCAAAACCGGCACCCGGCGCAGCGCCGGCGAGCGCGCCUUCCCUGCACAACCCCGAGAGGGACUACGAGAGCCUGGUGCUGAUGAAGCUUCGCCAAGCCGAGGAGAGGAAGAGGCUCUCAGAACAACUCGCGGCGGAAGACACGUGAUUGGCUCGUCCUUACCAGUUCUGGUUUCUCCAAAGCUUUAUGUCAAAUUGUUUUCGUUUUUUUUUAAUUUAUGUUUUAUAAUAAAAGCUUUUCACUGGUUUGAAAUAUAAAAAAAAGAAACACUGUA